GGCAGCGGGUCAGUCCCCGCCUGCCCGGGGCAGAGCCCUCGCUGAGGCGGUGUUGGUGUCAGGCAGCGAGGCAGAUGAAGUACAUCCUGGUCACGGGCGGGGUGAUCUCGGGCAUCGGCAAGGGGAUCAUCGCCAGCAGCAUCGGCACCAUCCUCAAGUCCUGCGGGCUGCAUGUCACCUCCAUCAAGAUAGACCCCUACAUCAACAUUGACGCUGGCACCUUCUCCCCGUAUGAGCACGGGGAAGUGUUUGUGCUAGAUGACGGAGGGGAAGUGGACCUGGACCUUGGUAACUAUGAGCGCUUCCUUGAUAUCCGACUCACCAAAGACAACAAUCUGACUACUGGGAAGAUCUACCAGUAUGUCAUCAACAAGGAGAGGAAGGGAGACUAUCUUGGCAAAACUGUCCAAGUUGUUCCCCACAUCACAGAUGCUAUACAAGAAUGGGUAAUGAGGCAGGCACGAAUUCCUGUAGAUGAAGAUGGCAUUGAACCCCAAGUUUGUGUGAUUGAGCUUGGUGGGACGGUAGGCGAUAUUGAAAGCAUGCCUUUCAUUGAAGCUUUCCGCCAGUUCCAGUUCAAAGCCAAAAGAGAGAAUUUUUGUAACAUUCAUGUCAGUCUAGUUCCCCAGCCAAGCUCUACAGGAGAGCAGAAGACUAAACCCACCCAAAACAGUGUUCGUGAACUCAGAGGUCUUGGUCUCUCACCAGAUCUGAUUGUUUGCAGGUGCUCCACUCCACUGGAUACCUCAGUAAAAGAAAAGAUUUCCAUGUUCUGUCACGUUGAACCAGAACAGGUCAUCUGUGUUCAUGAUGUCUCUUCUAUUUACCGGGUUCCUCUGUUGUUAGAGGAGCAGGGAGUUGUUGACUACUUCAGACACAGGCUUGACCUUCCCAUUGAGAGGCAGCCCAGGAGGAUGCUCAUGAAGUGGAAGGAAAUGGCUGACAGGUAUGACCGUCUCCUUGAAACAUGUUCCAUUGCACUUGUUGGCAAAUACACCAAGUUUUCAGAUUCCUACGCAUCUGUCAUUAAAGCUCUGGAGCAUUCUGCACUGGCUAUCAACCACAAACUUGACAUUAAGUAUAUUGACUCUGCUGACUUGGAGCCAGAUACUCUGCAGGAAGAACCUGUUCGAUACCAUGAAGCAUGGCAGAAGCUGUGUGGUGCUGACGGAGUUCUGGUUCCUGGUGGAUUUGGUGUUCGAGGGACAGAAGGCAAAAUUCAAGCUAUUUCCUGGGCAAGAAAACAGAAAAAACCCUUCUUAGGAGUCUGUUUGGGAAUGCAGUUAGCAGUUGUGGAGUUUGCACGCAGUGUUCUUGGUUGGCAAGAUGCUAACUCGACAGAAUUUGACCCCAAAACUGCUCAUCCAGUGGUCAUAGACAUGCCAGAACAUAAUCCUGGGCAAAUGGGUGGGACCAUGAGGCUUGGCAAGAGAAGAACACUCUUCCAAACCAAGAAUUCAAUCAUGAGGAAGCUGUACGGAGAUCAUGAUUUCUUGGAAGAGAGACAUAGACACAGAUUUGAGGUCAAUCCAGAAUUGAAAAAGUGUUUUGAAGAGCAAGGUUUGAAGUUUGUAGGCCAGGAUGAGGAGGGAGAGCGAAUGGAAGUGGUUGAGUUGGAAGAGCAUCCUUUCUUUGUUGGUGUUCAGUAUCAUCCUGAAUUCCUCUCUAGACCAAUUAAGCCAUCUCCCCCAUACUUUGGCCUCCUCUUGGCGUCUGCAGGAAGACUCACGCAUUAUCUACAAAAGGGCUGCAGGCUCUCACCCAGGGACACCUACAGCGAUAGAAGUGGCAGCAGCUCGCCUGACUUGGAGAUAACAGAGCUGAAGUUUCCAUCAGUAAAUCAUGACUGA